AUGGAUCCUGCUCCGGUUGACUUGGAAUCCUCCAAGAAUAAGGCCGAUGUCGCUCUUAUAGCAUCUUGUUUUUUCGGCAUAAAUGAUGAAAAUGUGCUGGAUGAAAAGGUUAUUGAUGAGUUUCUCGGCAACUGCAACAGCGAGCCUUUGAUUUUUGUCAAGCACAAUUCUACAAAGGAGGAGAUUGCGACAAAUUUGGGGUGGAAUUCCGAUAUUUUAGACUCUGAUAGUUUUGUCAUAUUCAUAAAGUGCGGAUAUGACCCAGAAAAAUCUCAAAAUGGAGACCUGAUGCUGAUACCAUUCAUGUGGAAGAGAGGAGCAUCCAUAAACUCGAUCUCAUAUUCGUAUAUACAUGAUAUUAUCACACCGCUAAUCAUGCAACAACUCAAUACUCUUGAACAAAAUGAUCCCAAACGAAGUCAAAUAAAUGAUAUUCUUCAGAAAUUAAGGGAAGCAUCAAAGUCACUAGAGUCAUUCCCCUCUAAAUCCUCAGUUGAAAAAGCGAACUUUGUUAUAUCUAAUACCCUCUCAUCCCUUUUUGAUGCAUCUGGAACUCUAAAAGAGUACAAGAUGCAACUAGAUGAAGCACAACUUAAUGAAAUCAGGGUAAACAUUACAGAGUGGUCGUUGGAGAUCGUUAGGAUACUAAGUGCGUACUCCAAAGUGAAUGGAGAGUCAGAAUCAAGCUUUACAUCCUCAGAAACAGAAAGUUCUGGAAGCAGCUCCUCUAGUGAUACGGACAGUGAUUCAACAGAUUCGUUCUAUCAAGAGUCCGAAUUUAAAUACAUGAACACUAGAGUGAGGGAACAUAUUUCUGAUACAAUUUCCUCAUUUAAUAGCGAUAUGGACUUGUGUGAUGAAAUUGAUUUUUGGAAAACGUACAAACUUGUGUUGGUAGAUUUAAAGAUUAAGGUAGAAUCAGAAAAUUUUACCAACACAUUAAAGAUGUUGGAGUAUAAUGGCUUCUCUGUAGAGACAAUAUAUUGUUUUUGUGACUCGGUAUCAGUGGUAAAUGAAACAUUAACAAAAGUAACAAAAAUAAACAACUUUCUAUGUAGUUUACCAAUCGAAAAAUUACUGCAUUUGGAAGGUGUCAGAUCAUUGAAGGCUACACUGGACCAAAUGUUCCUCCAUAUGGAAAAGGCGAUGAUAUUAAAAUCAUACAAACAUUUCACAGAAUUCGUGACCAGUCUAAUUAUGGAAAUUAUAAAGGCGUUCAGCCGAGUUGUCUCUGUUGAGCUAUCAAACGUUGGUGAUUCAAUGGAGAAUAAAAUAUUAAAAGACAUUCUAAAGGUUUUUUAUGAUUUUGUUGGUAAGUUAAAGAGGUUUGAAGUGCACUUGAAACGGGUGGACGACUCUAAUUUAUGCUUCCCACUUACAACCCUGUUAGAGCCAAUAAAUGUUUAUAAGGAUAUGUUAAAAUCCAUAAGAUCCUGCCAAUCUAGAACAAAUGAUAUCAACCAGGAUAUUUCCGUAUUCAUCAACUAUCUGUCUAGUGGCGUUGAAAUAUCUAAGGAUGAGGAAAUACCGAAAGUUUCCGAAUCUUUGGAGAAUUUUGAUUGCCAAAAAUCUCUUGUAGAACUAUCCACCCAAUUGAAGGCGAAGUAUAUCUCAUUUAUCUCAGGAAUUAUAACGGAAUAUUCUAAGUCAUCCCAUAGUUUUAAUAGAGCAACUCUUAUUACAAAGUCAAUUUCUUUUUUUGAAACAGAACUGUCCAAUUCGGAAAAUAAACUUUUAAUCAUUAUAAAAAACUAUUUGGAUGGAAAAUGCAUGGAUGAUAUCCUUAUAUUUAUAGACUCUACAAGAGAGAUGAAGAUAUUAUCCAAAUCAUAUGGUCAUAUUAAAAAAAUCAUUGAUCCUGUAAUAGACUCUGUUGUGAAAGAAUCCAUAGAUCUUUCUAAUUAUAUCUCCAACUUUAGCUAUCCAUUCCCAAAAGGCUCUGAAGAACUUUUACCGACUAUUAUCUUAAGGAAAAAAAUGACAGUUGUACUCAGUGUAAUUAAAAAUUUACUAACAAUAUCGAGGGACAAUGAACUACAUGGACUGCAGUUAGUCCUACAGAAAAUGGUACUCGAUGCCAAAUAUACUGAAUUUGAACCUAACAUAGUUGAUUUUUAUUCUGAUGAACGAAUUUUGGAUAUUAAACAACUGCAGAAUGGAUCCUUUGUUUUAUCUAUAAAUCCCUCUCUUAAAGGAUUAUCUAUGAUACUAAAGGAACCUUUCAUGGGAAAUAAAUACGAUGUUGACCAAGAAACUGAAGAAAAAAUGAUUUAUUUGAAUUCUUUAGAUUGUUUAAUUGAAUCGUGUAACGCUUUGGAUAAUGAAAAAUAUGAACUCUUCAAUCAAGGCAUCUCAUGUCCAAGAGCCAUUCUGCUUCUUGAGAAUGACUAUAACAAGAGUCUAUACAAUAAUUUAAAGCAAUUUAUUGAUGUUAAAUUAAAGGAUUUUACCAAUGAUGAUAAAUUAGAUCGACUUGUGUCGUCUCUACACGAGUUUUUUAAAAUAUCAGAAUACAUUGUAGGAUGUCAAAAAAGGUUUCAGAGCCUAGAACUACGAGAGUCAAAGUGUGAAACUUCUACAAUUUCUUAUUUUUCAAGAAUAAAAUAUCUAAAUAAUGACCCGGAAGUUGUUAAAUUAGUAAAAGAUGAAAUAUCAAAAUCGCUCAAUGAAAUUCUUAGAACAUGCGUCAAACUCGAAUUUUAUCGGUGGAAGAAUGGGACCGUAUAUGAAUCAAUAAACACAGAGCUGUUAAUUUCCAAUGAUCAGCUCACUCCAAGUAUUUCGUCAAUUAGAACACUCAUGUACAAUAGUUUAUUUGAUAUUUUGGAUCCGACAGUUUUUCAAGAAUAUGGAACAUUUUUAGAAUCUAUGGUUGUCAAUUCUUGUUUCCUUGAAUGCAUAAUUGUAGCUGAAACACUAUUAUUCUCAAUUGAAGAAAUGAUACAAUUCUGGAGUGUUUUAGCAUCAGAUUGGGUGGGCUCAGUUUCUCUAAGUUUUUUAGAUGUAAAGGAAUAUGUUAAAAUAAUAGAAGAUUCGAAUUCACUCUUUGAAGAGUGUGCAAGUAUCAAUGAAAUUGUCAAGGUUGGACCCAUAUCUAUAAGAGUUCCAAAGAAUUCAUAUGUAGCAAGAGUUAACGAGUUUAGACACUCCAUCAAAACAUUGGUUGAAAAUUCUAUUAUUGACUCAUCUCAAACUCUAGCAAAUGUCUUACUUGCAUGCUCAAAAUCAUUGGGGCUUAGGGUACCAAAAAGCUCUCUUAUUCCGCAGAAUAGGGAUUUCGCAUCAAUUAAUGAAGGCAAAUCUGUUCAAGAGGAUUUAUUUAUACUUGAUAUUGCGCUAAUAGAAGAAUGUUUGAAUGUAAUGCAAAACAAACCUAUUAAAAAUAUUGAGUUGGAACACAUACCUGCUUCAGAAUUCCUGGAAGAAACAAUUAACAAAACCUUAGAGUACGUUUCUUCCAUAAAUAAAUCAAUUGUAAAUUAUGGGAAUUGGAAAGGUCAAGCGGAUAACGUUAUGAGUGUAGAGAGAAUUUUUAAAAAGCUUGGAUUUGCACUCUCAAGGAAUUGGAUCCAUUCUAGUUCUCUAUAUCGAAUAAUAGAAAGACUAUUCUCUGAGGCUAAUUCUUUUGCCUCCAAUGAGAAUAUAUGCGUUUUAUUACAGUGGAUAUCAAAGUCAGCCAGCAUCUGUGUUGAGAAAAAAGAAACGUUACAUGCAGAAUGGAAAAUCUUUGUUUCCAGAAUUGAGAUAUUUUCGGAUGUUAAUAUUCUAGUGGAAAAGAUUUCAGAAUUUGAAUUUAGUUAUUUACAGCAGGUUAAGCUCCUUAGGGAUAUUAACAUUAUAAAGGAAAUACUGACUCACAUAAGAUCCUCAACGGAUAAUACUCACGUUGAGAAGGAUGAACUAUAUUCUGAAAUAACUUCUUACAAGUUAGAGUUUACGCAUGGGAUGAAAGCCAUUAUAGAAAUCCAAAGACUAAUGUUAUCGGACAUAUCAUCUUAUAGAGGCACAGAAGAAAUAAGAGAGUUAAUUGAAAAUUGUCCAAAGAUAAGAAAACUUGUUUCGAAAGAGUUAUCUGAGAUAGAAGAAAUUUAUGAGAUGGAUAUCUUGUCCUGCAUGUGUGAAACUGACUUUAAGGAUAGACUCUACAAUUUUAUAUUAACACAUAGGAGGGAUCCAAAUAACGCGGUAGAAAUCUCAAUACAGAUCCUUCUUGAUAUUUAUAGAGAAAAAAAGACAGAUAUAAUUGAAAUAAUUCAUUAUGGAAAGAAAAUUCAUUCUGUAAAUAGAUACAUAUCUGAAGUUGAGAAAAUGUGGUCUAAACUUGGUUUAGAGUGGAUUUACGACAAUAAACUUGGAAUGUAUAGUUUGAAAAAUAUAGAAUCGUUGUAUGAUUUUUUAUGUGAGAAUAUCAUGGCGUUGAAUAUAGUUAAAGAGUCCAAUCACAACAGAUCAAUUACAGAUAGUUCAACAUGUUGGAUAAAUAAAUUUAAAAUGACAAAAACAUUUCUGGAUACUUUGAACAUAUUUUUUGCAAAGUUAGGGUAUAUUAGUACUCUGUUUCUAUUCCAUGAGGUUCAAAUUCAACUACCCCUUGGAGUAGAAAAAAUGCAUUCAAUUUCCUUGGAAUUUUCAGAAAUAGUAGACUUGUUGGUUUCCUUAAACCAAAUAGAUCAUGUCCAUAUUACAAAAAUAGAGCUGUUAUUAACUAAAAUUAAUGAUGUAGAGAAUAUGUUAAAGACGUAUUUAGAUAAUACAAGAUCCAUAUUUCCUAGACUCUUUUUUAUUAAUGACGAAGAAUUAUUGCAUAUUAUUGGAUGCAAAAACAUUGAAACUCUUAAAAAUUAUCUAUUUAAGAUAUUUCCAAGUGUAUCUAAAUUUGUACUUACGGAAAAUAAGAACAUUAUUGGAAUUUCUUCUCACGAUGGAGAAGAUGUACUUUUUAGAGAAUCAAUUACUUCUGCCGAUAAAAACCCAGUAGACAUACUCAAAGAAGUCGACUCAUCGAUAAAAAACACAUUAAAAUAUCUAUUAAAUGAGUCGCUAGAUGAUUUGCGAGAAUUUUAUGGGAGAAUUGACUUUGAAGAUACUUCACUGGAAAAAUGGAUGAGGAAGUUUCCAUCACAGAUUCAAGUAGCAUCAAUAUCUAUUCUAUGGACUAGAAAAAUGGAAGAAAUUCGAAACGAAAAUGAAAUCACUGAGUUUUGGCAUUUUAUUUUGUUUUUCACUGAAUGUAUACUUUCACACGCAAGAAAACCCGGCAUGCAAAUAAAGAUACACAAUUUGACUGUUGUGUUAAUAUAUCAUGCAGAUAAAACAAAAGAAUUCAAAUUAUGUGGAUUAAGUUCAUUCGAAUGGCUAAAAUGUUUAAGGUAUUAUUACAACGGUAGUUUGUAUUUGAAGAUUUGCAUGCGGUCUUACGAGUAUGGAUUUGAAUACAUUGGAGCAACAAAAGCCCUUAUUAUCACGCCAAUUACGGAAAAUUGUUUUGUUUCUAUGUCAAUGGCACUCGAGUCUGGACUUGUUGGGAAUCCACAGGGUCCCGCUGGAACAGGAAAAACUGAAUCAAUAAAAGCUUUAGCGAACCUAUGCGGAUAUACAUCUCUCGUUUUUAACUGCAGUGAUUCAUUUGAUACUCUGGAUAUGGAAAGAAUAUUUAGUGGGUUAUGCAUAUUAGGUUAUUGGGGUGUCUUUGACGAAUUCAAUAGAUUGGAUGAAUUAGUAUUAUCCUCAAUCACUGAGAAAAUUACACAUAUACACUCGCAAACAGAUGAAAAGUGUACCCUUGUUAUAUCCAAUAAAGAAGUGAAGGUGAAUUCUAGAACAUCGAUUUUCGUGACUAUGAAUCCAGGAUAUUUGAGCAGAAGUGUUCUGCCUUUAAAUACACGUUUAAUGUGCCAUCCAUUUGUAAUGGAAACUGUAAGUAUCUUCCAGAUAAUUAGAAUAAAUUUAAUGCUCAGUGGAUUUGAUGAUAGCGAGUAUGUAUCACUUAAACUUAAAAUUAUUCUGGACGCAUGCAAUUUAGUGUUGGUAGGACCACAAUAUAACUUUGGUUUACGCUCUAUAAAAUCAAUAUUUAAAUAUAUAAACUAUCUUAAGUGCAUUGAUAAUGCUCCUAAAUGGAAUAUUUUAGACGUCUUAUUAAUUGUAAUUGGUCCAAGGUUAGAUCAAGGUGAUACGACUAUUUUCAAAUAUAUUCUUUCACGAAUUUUUCCAGAGUAUCGGCAAAACCUACAAAUAAAUGAUGUAUAUACAUCUUACUUUAAACCUUUGGAAAUUAAGGAUUCGUAUAUAAGUCUAAAGGCAAUUGAAAUAUUACAAUUGGAAAAGUGUUCCACCGCAAUUAUACUUUUAGGUAAAUCUUGGACAGGGAAAAGCACUGCACUUGAUAUUGCUGUAAAAUUAAUUAAAGCUUCAAGUGGAAUUGAUUACGAAAUUGUAAGGUUUGAUCCAGAUGCAAACAGUCUCUAUGAACACAGAGAUAAAAAACUAUACGAUGGUUUAUUUUCGAGCAUUUUAAGGAGUUAUUGCAACACGAAUAAACAUGUUUUCAUUGUAUUUGAUGGAAACUUGGAUUCCAAGUGGAUUGAAAAUUUGAACACACUUUUAGAUGACAGCAGAAUUUUAACGCUUUCUAGUGGCGACAGGAUAAACUUGACGGAUAACAUUCGCAUUAUAUUUGAAACUGAUUCAUUAGAAAAUAUUACAGCAGCAACCAUAUCACGAUGUGCUGUAAUACGUUUUGAUUCUGUUGAUCAAAGUUUGAGAUAUGUAUUAAAGGAUGAAAAUUAUUUUGAAAAAUACAUUGACAUAGCCGAAUCCAAUAGAAAUCAACUCCCCCUAUUUAAAUUCUUAAUGGACUCUCUAGAUAAAUCUUUCAACACUUUCAUAUUUUCUUUAGUAAGCGCAUUUGGCAUGCAAUUCAAGGAUGAUGACUUUAAAGACUUUGUGGGAAUAAUUAGUAAAAGAGUUGUGGAAAUUUCAGGGAUGGUGGAUUUUGAUUACUACAAGAUAGAACUAGAAUACAUGGAAAGACUCGGUCUGAGUAGCAGAAUAGACCUUAUUAGAAACUUUAUUGCGAACUGCAAGCUACUUAUACUGCGUGGAAAUAAUUCCCAAGAAGCUUUGGUAAAAAUUUUGUCAGAUGAACACCAAACGAUUACCAUAAAUAUACAUGAUGGAUAUAGUAAUUCAUUGCUCAUGAAACAUUUAAUGAGGAAUUGUAAUAUUGAUGAUUACGAUGGGAGGAGCAUCUUGUUGCCAAAAUCCGGGAAAAGACUUUUGGUAUUUCUUAGGGACAUAGAAGAAGCAGAUGCGCAUGUUAUAAAGCAUCGUUUGUUUCCGAUAAUUCGCCAUAUUUCUCAAUUUGGUUACAUUUUUAUCUUUGAUAAAAAAUCAUUCAAGUGGAACAAGGUACAUGUUGAGAACAUAACAUUUGUAUUUGUUGCAAUGGCUUUGCUUCCUUCUAGACUUGCAGAAAUAACUCCAAUAAUAUGGAUAGAAAGUAAAACAAUAUGCUUAAUCGAAGACUGUUCUUAUAAUUAUUGCACAGAACAUAUUAAAUAUCCGAUAAUUUACCAUGAUUCGCUGGAAGGAACAAUAUCCACAAUUUCUAAAUUCCUAUAUUCCAAAACAUCUCAUUUGUCAAUAAUUGGACCAACAUGCAGUGGGAAAAGACUAAUAUGUAAAUCAGUUUCAAAAGAUACUUACAAAUAUAUCUAUGUUGAUGAUAUGGAAAAAUUAUGUGAACGUAUAAAGGACGCUGGAAUCGUCAUGUCAAAAUAUUGUAUUUGUAUAAAUUGGGACUUUAUUUCUUUAAAGCUUCCUUUUGAUCUAUUUAUUAUCAAGAAUAUGGUACUUACGGGGGAUUAUACGCUUUUAUUUGAUACAAAGGUUCUGGAGGAAAUAUAUGAAAAGGAUGGUUUCAAACAUAAGACAUUCGAUAUCUUUAUCAAAAAAUUCAACAUGAAUAUACGUGAAAACCUAAAGAUAAUUUUUAUUUCCACUUGCAAAACUUUUGAUUCAUCCAUUAUAUCCAGUGGUAUAAGUUGCAGAAUCGAUGAGCUUAAUGAUGAAAGUAUGCUACAAAUUGGAAAUAAUAUAUUUAAUAUCGAAAAUAAAGACCAAAUUAUGGACAUAGUUAUAGAAUUAUUCUCUGAAUAUACCAGAAUAAGGGAAUCUAACCAUUUAGAAUUCAUUAGUUUUAUGAAAACUUUCAAAGAUACGUUUGAAAUCAAUAGUAGCGAAAAUAUAAAAAGACUUGAGCAUUUAGAUUCCGGAAUAAAAAAGAUUAAGGAAUCUAAAGUUUCUGUAAAUGAUAUGGGCAAAUUGUUGGAUAAAAGAAAACGGCAUUUAAAGAGCAAAAGUGAUGAGGCAGAAAUAAAAAUGAGAUUGAUAGUGGAAAAGCAAUCUACAUGUGAAGAUAGCAAGAAACGUGCUAUUGAGCUCUCUAAAAUCCUUGAAAAUGAGAAGCAUGAAUUGAAUAGACGUAAAAGAGAAAUAAAAGCCCAGUUAGAUGAGGUACUUCCACUAUUGGAAUCAGCAAAAAAAGAUGUUGAAAACAUAAAUAAGAAAAGCCUGGAUGAACUUAGAUCGAUGACAAAUCCUCCAUCCAUAAUAAAAUAUACCAUAAAAGUUAUUGCAAUGUUGUUGAGUGAUCAUACAAACGAUAUUUCAUGGGAAGAUGCUAGGAGGAUUAUAAAGAAUUCGGAUUUUAUCACAAAAAUUAUCGAAUUUAAUAUAGAAAAUGUUAGCAAAAACAAAUACAAGAUGAUGACAGAAGCAACUUCAAAGGAAGAAUGGAAUAUAGAAAGAAUAUUUAAAGCAUCUAAGGCCGCAGGUCCGCUUGCAAAAUGGGUCAAUUCGUUGAUUUCAUCAUGCAAAAUAUCAAUUAGUGUAAACCCACUAAAGAAAGAGAUAAAGGAAAUAAAACGUAAUUAUUUAAAGAAUGAGCAGGCAUUAAAAGAUCAGAAUUUAGUAGUUAGUGAUAUGGAAACUGAGAUAGAAGGGUACAAGAAAGACUACGCAGAAUUAAUUUUAUCUGUCUCAUCAAUAACCAGUGAAAUAGAAGUUAUAGAAUCAAAACUGUCUAGGUCAAAGGAGAUGUUGGAUAAUUUAUCUAAUGAAAUAAUAAGAUGGGAAAAGUUUUUGGAGGAACUUGAUAAACAUUCAAAGUUCAUUUUGGGUGAUUCAUUACUCGAAGCAUCUACAGUACUAUUGGUUAAGCUUGACAAAUCUGAAGGCGAUCUUUUAGUCAAUUUAAUCACAAAUAUGCUCAAUAACCGUGGAAUUAUAUAUUCAUUUGACUUUGACAAGGUAAAUAUUGAAAGAACUGCAAUUGAGAAAAAUAUGAGAUAUAGACAUUGCGUGAUUUUAGAUUCUCCAGAAUUUUUAUGCAAGGAUAUUGUUGGUAAAGAUUCUGUAGUCAUUUCGGCAUGUGAUCCUAGUUUUACUGCAGCUCUGAGAUCUGUAAAACAAUUUGGUGGCGAAAUAGUUAUAACGAACAUACAUUGCUCUAGUGCACAAGUGAAAGGUUUAAUAUUGUCGGAAUUCGAGGAAAGAGCAGAUAGCACUGAAAACAUUCAAUUUUACAUAUAUCUGAUAUGUCCUAGUUCAAGUAUUGUUUUGUCUGAACAUAAAACAGAGGAUGAUUAUUUAUUGUUCUGUAUAUAUAAUAGGGCUAUAGUAAUAAAUAUGAAGUUAUCUGUACCUUAUUUUGAGUUAUUUUGCAGGGACCGUAUAGUGGAAUAUCUAAACCGGGAUUUAUACCUCCGUCAUCGGGAUUAUGAAUCGAAGAUGGCAGAGCUUAGUAAAUCUAUGAAUUGUCUGGAAAAUCAGCUUUUAGACUUUUUGGUGAAUGUGGAUGAUCUUUUGGAUCACAAUUCUCUAUCAUUUUUAGAGAAUCAUAAAAUAACAGUCAAUAAAUUAGAAAAUGAACUUUAUUCUUUGAGCAAUGCAAAUGAAGUAUUCUUCUCUGUGAUGGAGUCAUACAAAGAAUAUACGGGUUUAUUGUCGGAUAUAUACAGUUCUAUAUCGAAGAUUAAGGAUUUGAACAGUUUAUAUGCUUUUGACAUUAAUAUAAUCUUUCAUGCAAUGAGAGAAUCUUACAAAGAAGAUGACAUUAAUUCGACAAUUUUUACAAUUUAUAAGUGGAUUGAGCAGGCUAUGUUUAUGGAUGAUAAAUCACAUUGGGAACUUGAAAUGUUGAAUUUAUAUACUAAAUACAAUCCUAAAACUGAAGAAAAAGCAAACUUUGAAUUGAAAGAUAAAGAUUCACUUUUUGGGACUAUUUGUGAAACAUUUCCCAAUGCUAAAACUAAGUUUGACUUCAAGGUGUUCAACUAUUAUGAUACGAUUUUUAUACUAAUAGAUGCCGUGGAAGAUUCUUUUACGCUUAUAAACUCAUUCUCAAGAGAGUUGGAAAAGGAAUUAAAAGUAUAUGCAAUGGGUUCAAUAUCUGAACUGGAUAGGAUUGAACAAAAUGUUGAAGAGGCACUAAGUAAUGAAAAUUUUGUACUUGUAAAGAACACCCAUUUAUUUCCAUUUUGGACAAAAACUUUAGAGUCAAAAUUUGUAAAUAAACACAAAUCAAAGCUAUUCUUGGAAUGGGAUUUAUCAGUUUCUCUUCCAACUAGCAUACUCUCUAAAUGCUGCAUAAUUGUACAUCAAGGUUCAAAUGAACUUAAAAAUAUACUUAUCAAUUUGUUAUUAUCAUACAAGGUACAAAAUUGUCAAUCAAAAUUGGUUAGAUUUCUUUCAACACGAACUAUACUUCUGCAUGCUAUCUCUAUUUAUCGACAGUCAAUCUAUCAUGGGUGGACAAAGAAUUAUAACUUUGAUAAUAACGACAUCAAAAUUGCUAUAAAAGAGACAUUUACACUCACUAAAAUUAUGGAAAACACUGUAGAAUCCUCUGAUUUAAGCAAUGUAAUCAACGAAUGGAAAAAGAGAACGUUUAACAUAUAUUCUUCAAAGAUAUCAAACAGUUUAGAUCUUUGCAUUUUAGAUGAAAUUAUAGACUUUACAGAUUCAUCUAUUUAUCCGUUUGGAGUUCCCGAGGAUGACAUUGAAGAAUGGAUAAGUAAGAUGCCAGAAAAGACCACUCCAUCUAUGGUUGGACUAACCACUUGGCCACAACUUAGCAAAGAAGUGAACAAUGAGAAAGGGGACUACGAUAACGAACAACUAUACUCUGAAAGGCCGUACUAUGAGUCAUCAUGUAAAAUAUUUGAGAGAUGCUUAUCCCGCGAACUUACCUCUGGAUACAGAAACAAGAAUCACAAAUUAGCUUGUGAGACACUUUAUACAUUUGUUACCAAUGGAAAAAGUAUAAAAAUCAAUUUUGACCACUUUACAUCACCAGAAGUACUGAUGGAAGCUUUAAAGUUUGCGAUAUCAGAAAGAAACAAUUGCAAUAUACACGACCUUUUACUGUAUAGUACAAUAAAUAGUACCAAGUACCUUGAAAUUCCAUUGAAAAGAACAAGUGAAACAAUGCGUUUGGAUAAUAUAAAGAUUUUAAACGGCUUCUACGAUUGUGAUGAAAAUACGAUUAGAACUGAUGAGGGUAAUCAAUCCGUGUCUUUGAUUUUUGCUUGGGUUUUGGAAGUUAAAGACCAAAAAUCUGAGAAUAACCACAUCAAACCAGUUGAGUUACCCCUGUAUAAUUCGGCAGGGUGA